UGACAGGCAGGCGCGUUUUAGUUCUAUGAGCGCAGAAAAUUGUGAUGUAAAAAGAGAAGAAUAAAUGUUUGUUAACCACCAUGGCGAAUCCUAGAAAAUUUAGUGAAAAAAUCGCCCUUCACAAUCAAAAGCAGGCUGAAGAAACAGCCGCUUUUGAAAAAAUAAUGCGUGAAGUUUCCGACGCAACCAAUAAGGUUAACUCUAGUAGUCGACGUGCCAAAGUCAAAGCCCCUCCUGAGCCAGAAGUUGUUGAAAUCCUUGUACAAACACAACAAGGCUUGGGUACAUUUCGGAGUGGUUCACUUCCUAAUGUGGCAGCUCCUGAGCCACCUACAACAAAGCCGGAAGUCACAAAGCCUGAAGAAACUCCACUAGUGUCCCCAUAUGGUAUCAGUGGCAGAAGUGGGGGUACAUCACCAACCCCCCGGUCACCAGGACAAAGAGGGCGGGCCUCGUCAUCAGUGGGACCUAUGCGACGGCCAGCAGAUCGGAAACAUGACACCAGCCCAUAUGGAAGUACUGCAUAUCUCAGUCCGCCACCGGACAGCAGCUGGCGGCGGACGAACUCCGACUCGGCGCUGCACCAGUCGUGCGGCGAGCAACAGGCGACGACGCAGCCGCUGUCGCCGCACCACCCGCUGCACUCGCACGCGCACCCACACCUGCACCCCCACCAGAACCACCGCCGAGCCAGUAACAUUCCUCUCGACGUGCUCGCGACGCUGGGCAUGAGUCCUACGAACCGUCCGCGGUCUUCGUGUGAAAUACCACGAAUACCUAACAAUAACAACGUGUACGCGGGCGGCGAGGGCGCGGGCGCGGGCGGGCUGCAGUGCGAGCUGCAGGUGCCGGGCGGCUCGCUGCCCGACCUCACGUCCGUGCACUACCCGCCGCCGCACUACCUGCCGCACCGCGGCCCCGCCUCGCCCGACUACCAGCCGCGAUACAGCCCGACGGGCAGCGUGUCCCCGGCGACGGGCGGGCUGUCCCCGGCGUCGGGCUCGCCCGUGGGCGCCACCGUGCCGCUGGCCGCCGUGCACGACCCGCCGCUCUACGACGCGCAGAAUCACUUAUCUGUACCAAACACAAAUAAUUAUCUUCAUCAUAAUAAGAACAUGUCCCCGCUAGACCACAGUUGGAUUACGUCGAGUUACCAGUCGCACUGUAGUCCGCCGUCGCAAUAUUCCUCUACGUCUAAUAUUAACAUACCUUCACCUACGAUGGUGCACAGUCCGGGUAGUCCUGUGGAGUCACCGCAGACAGACUACAACAACCUACAUCAAGCCUUAUUACAACCGUUCGAGCAAAUAACUAUGCAAGGAGUUGACUGGGCGCAGUUGGUGCAGAGUCUCGUCGAGUCUGGCUGGACCGCUCACGUACAGGUCGCGGAAAAUCUUGACCCCCCCACGUCGAGCUACAACACAACGUACAUAAACCACAGUUCGCCACAUUCGUCACAGACAACGAAUUCAUCACAUACGUAUUCACAGGUACAAAAUCCGCGGCGCGCGCGCGACCCGGUGGCGGGCGGCGGCGCCUUCCCGCUGCAGCCGCUCGCCUCGCCCUCGCAGCCGGCCACGCCCGCCACGCCCGCCUCCAUCCCCGACAUCAUACUCACAGACUACUCGGGCGAGCUGGACCCGGGGAUCUUCGGCGGCGAGGAGGCGCAGCUGCGCGCCGGCCUCGACCUCGACGACCUCACGCUGCUGGAGGAGCCCAGCGCGCUGCUGCCCGACUCCGCCGUGGAGCACGAGUUCCGCCUCGACCGCCUCGACCGCCUCGACCGCUUGUAG